AUCUAGGACCUCAGCCAUGUAGCCUCUGGGGAAUCAGUGGAUGAAGACGUCCCUCCUCCAUCAGUGUCAUUACCAAAACUGGCUGCACUUCUCCGGGUAUUUAGUACUGUGGUGAGGAGCAUUGGAGAACGCUUCAGCCCAAUUCGGGGUCCUCCAAUUACUGAGGCAUAUGUAACAGAUGUUCUGUACAGAGUAAUGAGAUGUGUGAAGGCUGCAAACCAGGUGUUUUUUUCUGAGGCUGUGUUGACAGCUGCUAAUGAAUGUGUUGGUGUUUUGCUCGGCAGCUUGGAUCCUAGCAUGACUAUACAUUGUGAGAUGGUCAUUACAUAUGGAUUAGACCAACUGGAGAACUGCCAGACUUGUGGUACCGAUUAUAUCAUCUCAGUCUUGAAUUUACUCACACUGAUUGUUGAACAGAUAAAUACAAAACUACCAUCAUCAUUUGUAGAAAAACUGUUUAUACCAUCAUCUAAACUACUAUUUUUGCGUUAUCAUAAAGAAAAAGAGGUUGUUGCUGUAGCCCAUGCUGUUUAUCAAGCAGUGCUCAGCUUGAAGAAUAUUCCUGUUUUGGAAACUGCCUAUAAGUUAAUAUUGGGAGAAAUGACUUGUGCCCUAAAUAACCUCCUACAUAGUCUGCAACUUCCUGAGGCCUGUUCUGAAAUAAAACACGAGGCUUUUAAGAAUCAUGUGUUCAAUGUAGACAAUGCAAAAUUUGUGGUUAUAUUUGAUCUCAGUGCCCUGACUACAAUUGGAAAUGCCAAAAACUCACUAAUAGGGAUGUGGGCGCUAUCUCCAACUGUCUUUGCACUUCUGAGUAAGAAUCUGAUGAUUGUGCACAGUGACCUGGCUGUUCACUUCCCUGCCAUUCAGUAUGCUGUGCUCUACACAUUGUAUUCUCAUUGUACCAGGCAUGAUCACUUUAUCUCUAGUAGCCUCAGUUCUUCUUCUCCUUCUUUGUUUGAUGGAGCUGUGAUUAGCACUGUAACUACAGCUACAAAGAAACAUUUCUCAAUUAUAUUAAAUCUUGUGGGAAUAUUACUUAAGAAAGAUAACCUUAAUCAGGACACGAGGAAACUGUUAAUGACGUGGGCUUUGGAAGUAGCUGUUUUAAUGAAGAAGUCCGAAACAUAUGCACCUUUAUUCUCUCUUCCGUCUUUCCAUAAAUUUUGCAAAGGCCUUUUAGCCAACACUCUCAUUGAAGAUGUGAAUAUCUGCCUGCAGGCGUGCAGCAGUCUACAUGCUCUGUCUUCUUCUUUGCCAGAUGAUCUUUUACAGAGAUGUGUUGAUGUUUGCCGUGUUCAACUAGUGCACAGUGGAACUCGUAUUCGACAAGCAUUUGGAAAACUGUUGAAGUCAAUUCCUUUAGAUGUUGUCCUAAGCAAUAACAAUCACACAGAAAUUCAAGAAAUUUCUUUAGCAUUAAGAAGUCACAUGAGUAAAGCACCAAGUAACACAUUCCACCCCCAAGAUUUCUCUGAUGUUAUUAGUUUUAUUUUGUAUGGGAACUCUCAUAGAACAGGAAAGGACAAUUGGUUGGAAAGACUGUUCUAUAGCUGCCAGAGACUAGAUAAGCGUGACCAGUCAACAAUUCCACGCAAUCUCCUCAAGACAGAUGCUGUCCUUUGGCAGUGGGCCAUAUGGGAAGCUGCACAAUUCACUGUUCUUUCUAAGCUGAGAACCCCACUGGGCAGAGCUCAAGACACCUUCCAGACAAUCGAAGGUAUCAUUCGAAGUCUCGCAGCUCACACAUUAAACCCUGAUCAAGAUGUUAGUCAGUGGACAACUGCAGACAAUGAUGAAGGGCAUGGUAACAACCAACUUAGACUUAUUCUUCUUCUGCAGUAUCUGGAAAAUCUGGAGAAAUUAAUGUAUAAUGCAUACGAGGGAUGUGCUAAUGCAUUAACAUCACCUCCCAAGGUCAUUAGAACAUUUUUCUAUACCAAUCGCCAAACUUGUCAGGACUGGCUAACGCGGAUUCGACUCUCCAUCAUGAGAGUAGGCUUAUUGGCAGGCCAGCCUGCUGUGACAGUAAGACACGGCUUUGACUUGCUUACAGAGAUGAAAACAACCAGCCUAUCUCAGGGGAAUGAAUUGGAAGUAACCAUUAUGAUGGUGGUAGAAGCACUGUGUGAACUUCAUUGUCCUGAAGCUAUACAGGGAAUUGCUGUCUGGUCAUCAUCUAUUGUUGGAAAAAAUCUUCUGUGGAUUAACUCAGUAGCUCAACAGGCUGAAGGGAGGUUUGAAAAGGCCUCUGUGGAGUACCAGGAACACCUGUGUGCCAUGACAGGUGUUGAUUGCUGCAUCUCCAGCUUUGACAAAUCUGUGCUCACCUUAGCUAAUGCUGGGCGUAACAGUGCCAGCCCGAAACAUUCUCUGAACGGUGAAUCCAGGAAAACUGUGCUGUCCAAACCGACCGAAUCUUCCCCUGAGAUUAUAAAUUAUUUAGGAAAUAAAGCAUGUGAGUGCUACAUCUCAAUUGCUGAUUGGGCUGCUGUGCAGGAAUGGCAGAAUGCUAUCCAUGACUUGAAAAAGAGUACCAGUAGCACUUCCCUCAACCUGAAAGCUGACUUCAACUAUAUAAAAUCAUUAAGCAGUUUUGAGUCUGGAGAAUUUGUUGAAUGUACCGAGCAGUUAGAAUUGUUACCAGGAGAAAAUAUCAAUCUACUUGCUGGAGGAUCAAAAGAAAAAAUAGAUAUGAAAAAACUGCUUCCUAAUAUGUUAAGUCCAGAUCCAAGGGAACUUCAGAAAUCCAUUGAAGUUCAAUUGUUGAGAAGUUCUGUUUGUUUGGCAACUGCUUUAAACCCUAUAGAACAAGAUCAGAAGUGGCAGUCUAUAACAGAAAAUGUGGUAAAGUACUUGAAGCAAACAUCCCGCAUCGCUAUUGGACCUCUGAGACUUUCUACUUUAACAGUUUCACAGUCUUUGCCAGUUCUAAGUACCUUGCAGCUGUAUUGCUCAUCUGCUUUGGAGAACACAGUUUCUAACAAGCUUUCAACAGAGGACUGUCUUAUUCCGCUCUUCAGUGAAGCUUUACGUUCAUGUAAACAGCAUGAUGUGAGGCCAUGGAUGCAGGCAUUAAGGUAUACUAUGUACCAGAAUCAGUUGUUGGAGAAAAUUAAAGAACAAACAGUCCCAAUUAGAAGCCAUCUCAUGGAAUUAGGUCUAACAGCAGCAAAAUUUGCUAGAAAACGAGGGAAUGUGUCCCUUGCAACAAGACUGCUGGCACAGUGCAGUGAAGUUCAGCUGGGAAAGACUACCACUGCACAGGAUUUAGUCCAACAUUUUAAAAAACUAUCAACUCAAGGUCAGGUGGAUGAAAAAUGGGGGCCUGAACUUGACAUUGAAAAAACCAAAUUGCUAUAUACAGCAGGUCAGUCAACACAUGCAAUGGAAAUGUUGAGUUCUUGUGCCAUAUCUUUCUGUAAGUCUGCAAAAGCUGAAUAUGCAGUUGCUAAGUCAAUUCUGACACUGGCUAAAUGGAUCCAGGCAGAAUGGAAAGAAAUUUCAGGACAGCUGAAACAGGUUUACAGAGCUCAGCAUCAACAGAACUUCACAGGUCUCUCUACUUUGUCUAAAAACCUACUCACUUUAAUAGAACUGCCAUCUGUUAAUGCAGUGGAAGAAGAGUAUCCUCGGAUUGAGAGCGAAUCUACAGUGCAUAUUGGAGUUGGAGAACCUGACUUCAUUUUGGGACAGUUGUAUCACCUGUCUUCAGUACAGGCACCUGAAGUAGCCAAAUCUUGGGCAGCAUUGGCCAGCUGGGCUUAUAGGUGGGGCAGAAAGGUGGUUGACAAUGCCAGUCAGGGAGAAGGUGUUCGCCUGCUGCCUAGAGAAAAAUCUGAAGUUCAAAAUCUGCUUCCAGACACUAUAACUGAGGAGGAGAAAGAGAGAAUAUAUGGUAUUCUUGGACAGGCUGUGUGUCGGCCGGCGGGGAUUCAGGAUGAAGAUAUAACGCUUCAGAUAACUGAGAGUGAAGAUAAUGAAGAAGAUGACAUGGUUGAUGUUAUCUGGCGUCAGUUACUAUCAAGCUGCCCAUGGCUUUCAGAACUUGAUGAAAGUGCAACUGAAGGAGUUAUUAAAGUGUGGAGGAAAGUUGUAGACAGAAUAUUCAGCCUCUACAAACUCUCUUGCAGUGCAUACUUUACUUUCCUUAAACUCAACGCUGGUCAAAUUCCUUUAGAUGAGGAUGACCCUAGGCUGCAUUUAAGUCACAGAGCAGAACAGAGCACUGAUGACGUGAUUGUGAUGGCCACAUUGCGCCUGCUGCGGUUGCUCGUGAAGCACGCUGGCGAGCUUCGGCAGUAUCUGGAGCACGGCUUGGAAACGACACCCACUGCGCCUUGGAGAGGAAUUAUUCCACAACUUUUCUCACGCUUAAACCACCCUGAAGUGUAUGUGCGCCAAAGCAUUUGUAACCUUCUCUGUCGCGUGGCUCAAGAUUCCCCACAUCUCAUAUUGUAUCCUGCAAUAGUGGGUACCAUAUCGCUUAGUAGUGAAUCCCAGGCUUCAGGAAAUAAAUUUUCCUCUGCAAUUCCAACUUUACUUGGCAAUAUUCAAGGAGAAGAAUUGCUGGUUUCCGAAUGCGAGGGAGGAAGUCCUCCUGCAUCUCAGGAUAGCAUUAAGGAUGAACCUAAAAGUGGAUUAAAUGAAGACCAAGCCAUGAUGCAGGAUUGCUACAGCAAAAUUGUAGAUAAGCUGUCCUCUGCAAACCCAACCAUGGUGUUACAGGUUCAGAUGCUCGUGGCUGAACUGCGCAGGGUCACUGUGCUCUGGGAUGAGCUCUGGCUAGGAGUUUUGCUGCAGCAACACAUGUACGUCCUGAGACGAAUUCAGCAGCUCGAAGAUGAGGUGAAGAGAGUCCAGAACAACAACACCUUACGCAAAGAAGAGAAAAUUGCAAUCAUGCGGGAGAAGCACACAGCUUUGAUGAAGCCCAUUGUAUUUGCUUUGGAGCACGUAAGGAGUAUCACAGUGGCUACUGCAGAAACACCUCAUGAAAAAUGGUUUCAGGAUAACUAUGGUGAUGCCAUUGAAAAUGCCCUGGAAAAAUUGAAGACCCCAUCCAACCCUGCAAAGCCUGGGAGCAGCUGGAUUCCAUUUAAAGAGAUAAUGCUAAGUUUGCAACAGAGAGCACAGAAACGUGCAAGUUACAUCUUGCGUCUUGAAGAAAUCAGUCCGUGGUUGGCUGCCAUGACUAACACUGAAAUUGCUCUUCCUGGGGAAGUCUCAGCCAGAGAUACUGUCACAAUCCAUAGUGUGGGUGGAACCAUCACAAUCUUACCGACUAAAACCAAGCCAAAGAAACUUCUCUUUCUUGGAUCAGAUGGGAAGAGCUAUCCUUAUCUUUUCAAAGGACUGGAGGAUUUACAUCUGGAUGAGAGAAUAAUGCAGUUCCUAUCUAUUGUGAAUACCAUGUUUGCUACAAUUAAUCGCCAAGAAACACCCCGGUUCCAUGCUCGACAUUAUUCUGUAACACCAUUAGGAACAAGAUCAGGACUAAUCCAGUGGGUGGAUGGAGCCACACCCUUAUUUGGUCUUUACAAACGAUGGCAACAACGGGAAGCUGCUUUACAAGCACAAAAGGCCCAAGAUUCCUACCAGACUCCCCAGAAUCCUGGAAUUGUACCCCGUCCCAGUGAACUUUAUUAUAGUAAAAUUGGCCCUGCUUUGAAAACAGUUGGGCUUAGCCUGGAUGUGUCCCGUCGGGAUUGGCCUCUUCAUGUAAUGAAGGCAGUAUUAGAAGAGUUAAUGGAGGCCACACCCCCAAAUCUCCUUGCCAAAGAGCUCUGGUCAUCUUGCACAACACCCGAUGAGUGGUGGAGAGUUACGCAGUCUUAUGCAAGAUCUACUGCAGUCAUGUCUAUGGUUGGAUACAUAAUUGGCCUUGGAGACAGACAUCUGGAUAACGUUCUCAUAGACAUGACAACCGGAGAAGUUGUUCACAUAGAUUACAAUGUUUGCUUUGAAAAAGGUAAAAUAAAAGUGUACUUUACAUUUGUGAGGGUCAAAUGUUUUUUGGUGAAAGGGCAAAAAUACAAUGAUUUGUCUUUUCAAGGUAAAAGCCUUAGAGUUCCUGAGAAAGUACCUUUUCGAAUGACACAAAACAUUGAAACAGCACUGGGUGUAACUGGAGUAGAAGGUGUAUUUAGGCUUUCAUGUGAGCAGGUUUUACACAUUAUGCGGCGUGGCAGAGAGACCCUGCUGACAUUGCUAGAGGCCUUUGUGUACGACCCCCUGGUGGACUGGACUGCAGGAGGCGAGGCUGGGUUUGCUGGUGCCGUUUAUGGUGGAGGUGGCCAGCAGGCCGAGAGCAAGCAGAGCAAGAGAGAGAUGGAGCGAGAGAUCACCCGAAGCCUGUUUUCUUCUAGAGUAGCUGAGAUUAAGGUGAACUGGUUUAAGAAUAGAGAUGAGAUGCUGGUUGUGCUUCCCAAGCUGGACAGUAGCUUAGAUGAAUAUUUAAGCUUGCAAGAGCAACUGACAGAUGUGGAAAAACUGCAGGGCAAACUACUGGAGGAAAUAGAGUUUCUAGAAGGAGCUGAAGGGGUGGAUCAUCCUUCUCAUACUCUGCAACACAGGUAUUCUGAACACACCCAACUGCAGACUCAGCAAAGAGCUGUUCAGGAAGCAAUCCAGGUGAAGCUGAAUGAAUUUGAACAAUGGAUAACACAUUAUCAGGCUGCAUUCAAUAAUUUAGAAGCAACACAGCUUGCAAGCUUGCUUCAAGAGAUAAGCACACAAAUGGACCUUGGUCCUCCAAGUUAUGUGCCAGCAACAGCCUUUCUGCAGAAUGCUGGCCAGGCCCACUUGAUUAGCCAGUGCGAGCAACUGGAGGGGGAGGUUGGUGCUCUCCUGCAGCAGAGGCGGUCAGUGCUCCGUGGCUGUCUGGAACAACUGCAUCACUAUGCAACCGUGGCUCUGCAGUAUCCAAAGGCCAUAUUUCAGAAACAUCGAAUUGAACAGUGGAAAACCUGGAUGGAAGAGCUCAUAUGUAACACCACAGUAGAGCGUUGUCAAGAACUCUAUAGGAAAUAUGAAAUGCAGUAUGCUCCCCAGCCACCCCCAACAGUGUGUCAGUUCAUCACUGCCACUGAAAUGACCCUGCAGCGGUAUGCAGCAGACAUCAACAGCAGGCUUAUUAGACAAGUGGAACGCCUGAAACAAGAAGCCGUCACUGUUCCAGUUUGUGAAGACCAGUUGAAAGAAAUUGAACGUUGCAUUAAAGUUUUCCUUCAUGAGAAUGGAGAAGAAGGAUCUUUGAGUCUAGCAAGUGUCAUUAUUUCUGCCCUUUGUACCCUUACAAGGCGUAACCUAAUGAUGGAAGGUGCAGCGUCAAGUGCUGGAGAACAGCUGGUUGAUCUGACUUCUCGGGAUGGAGCCUGGUUCUUGGAGGAACUCUGCAGUAUGAGUGGAAACGUCACCUGCUUGGUUCAGUUACUGAAACAGUGCCACCUGGUGCCACAGGACUUAGACAUCCCAAACCCCAUGGAAGCGUCUGAGACAGUUCACUUAGCCAAUGGAGUGUACACCUCACUUCAGGAAUUAAACUCAAAUUUCCGGCAAAUCAUAUUUCCAGAAGCACUUCGAUGUUUAAUGAAAGGGGAAUACACAUUAGAAAGUAUGCUGCAUGAACUGGAUGGUCUUAUCGAGCAGACCACUGAUGGCGUUCCCCUGCAGACUCUAGUGGAAUCUCUUCAGGCCUACUUAAGAAAUGCAGCUAUGGGACUGGAAGAAGAAACACAUGCUCAUUACAUCGAUGUUGCCAGACUACUACAUGCUCAGUAUGGUGAAUUAAUUCAACCAAGAAAUGGUUCAGUUGAUGAAACACCCAAAAUGUCAGCUGGCCAGAUGCUUUUGGUAGCAUUUGAUGGCAUGUUUGCUCAAGUUGAAACUGCUUUCGGCUUAUUAGUUGAAAAGUUGAACAAGAUGGAAAUUCCUAUAGCUUGGCGAAAGAUUGACAUCAUAAGGGAAGCCAGGAGUACUCAAGUUAAUUUUUUUGAUGAUGAUAAUCACCGGCAGGUGCUAGAAGAGAUUUUCUUUCUAAAAAGACUACAGACGAUUAAGGAGUUCUUCAGGCUCUGUGGUACCUUUUCUAAAACAUUGUCAGGAUCAAGUUCACUUGAAGAUCAGAAUACUGUGAAUGGGCCUGUACAGAUUGUCAAUGUGAAAACCCUUUUUAGAAACUCUUGUUUCAGUGAAGACCAAAUGGCCAAACCUAUCAAGGCAUUCACAGCUGACUUUGUGAGGCAGCUCUUGAUAGGACUACCCAACCAAGCCCUCGGACUUACACUGUGCAGUUUUAUCAGUGCUCUGGGUGUAGACAUCAUUGCUCAAGUAGAGGCAAAGGACUUUGGUGCCGAAAGCAAAGUUUCUGUCGAUGAUCUUUGUAAGAAAGCGGUGGAACAUAACAUCCAGGUUGGAAAGUUCUCUCAGUUGGUUAUGAAUAGGGCGACUGUGUUAGCAAGUUCUUACGACACUGCCUGGAAGAAGCAUGACUUGGUGCGAAGGCUGGAAACCAGUAUUUCUUCUUGUAAGACAAGCCUGCAGCGGGUUCAGCUGCAUAUUGCCAUGUUUCAGUGGCAACACGAAGAUCUACUUAUCAAUAGACCACAAGCCAUGUCAGUCACACCUCCUCCACGGUCUGCUAUCCUAACCAGCAUGAAAAAGAAACUGCAUACCCUGAGCCAAAUUGAAACUUCUAUUGCAACAGUUCAGGAGAAGCUUGCAGCACUUGAAGCAAGUAUUGAACAGCGACUCAAGUGGGCAGGUGGUGCCAACCCUGCAUUGGCCCCUGUGCUACAAGAUUUUGAAGCAACAAUAGCUGAAAGAAGAAAUCUUGUCCUUAAAGAGAGCCAAAGAGCAAGUCAGGUCACUUUUCUCUGCAGCAAUAUCAUUCAUUUUGAAAGUUUACGAACAAGAACUGGAGAAGCCUUAAACCUGGAUGCGGCAUUAUUUGAACUAAUCAAGAGAUGUCAGCAGAUGUGUUCAUUUGCAUCACAGUUUAACAGUUCAGUGUCUGAGUUAGAGCUUCGUUUAUUACAGAGAGUGGACACUGGUCUUGAACAUCCUAUUGGCAGCUCUGAAUGGCUUUUGUCAGCACACAAGCAAUUGACCCAGGAUAUGUCUACUCAGAGGGCAAUUCAGACAGAGAAAGAGCAGCAGAUAGAAACGGUCUGUGAAACAAUUCAGAAUCUGGUUGAUAAUAUAAAGAUUGUGCUCACUGGUCAUAACCGACAGCUUGGAGAUGUCAAACAUCUCUUGAAGGCUAUGGCUAAGGAUGAAGAAGCUGCUCUGUCAGAUGGUGAAGAUGUUCCCUAUGAGAACAGUGUUAGGCAGUUUUUGGGUGAAUAUAAAUCAUGGCAAGACAACAUUCAAACAGUUCUGUUUACAUUAGUCCAGGCUAUGGGUCAGGUUCGAAGUCAAGAACAUGUUGAAAUGCUCCAGGAAAUCACUCCCACCUUGAAAGAACUGAAAACACAAAGUCAGAGUAUCUAUAAUAAUUUAGUGAGUUUUGCAUCACCCUUAGUCACCGAUGCAACAAAUGAAUGUUCGAGUCCAACGUCAUCUGCUACUUAUCAGCCAUCCUUUGCUGCAGCAGUCCGGAGCAACACUGGCCAGAAGACUCAGCCUGAUGUCAUGUCACAGAAUGCUAGAAAGCUGAUCCAGAAAAAUCUUGCUACAUCAGCUGAUACUCCACCAAGCACUGUUCCAGGAACUGGCAAGAGUGUUGCUUGUAGUCCUAAAAAGGCAGUCAGAGACCCUAAAACUGGGAAAGCGGUGCAAGAGAGAAACUCCUAUGCAGUGAGUGUGUGGAAAAGAGUGAAAGCCAAGUUAGAGGGCCGAGAUGUUGAUCCGAAUAGGAGGAUGUCAGUUGCUGAACAGGUUGACUAUGUCAUUAAGGAAGCAACUAAUCUAGAUAACUUGGCUCAGCUGUAUGAAGGUUGGACAGCCUGGGUGUGAAUGGUGAGAUAGUAGAUGAGUCUGGUUAAGCGAGGUCGGACAUCCACCAGAAUCAACUCAGCCUCAGGCAUCCAAAGCCACACCACAGUCGGUGGUGAUGCAACUGGGGGCUUACUCUGAGGAAACCUAGGAAAUCUCGGUGCACUAGGAAGUGAAUCCUGCAGGACAGCUGCACUCAGGGAUACUCCCAACACCAUGGCCUGCAACCCCAGGGUCAAGGGUGAAGGAAAGCAAGCUCACCGCCUGAACACGGAGAUUGUCUUUCUGCCACAGAACAGCAGCAAACGUGUCAGGAGGUUAGCUGCAGAAAGAAAUCGGGAUGCCACGGAGCACAGAGUGAUUUGGAACUCCAUUCCACCUGACCCUGUGUGUACAAUCCAGGAAAAAACAAAUCCCGUUCAGAAACAGAGAAAACUGGGGCCGCGAAGAAAUCACAGCCAAGGAAGAUUUGAUGCAUUCAGAUUCUCGUGUAACACUUGUUGCUUGGCAACAGUACUGGUUGGGUUGACCAGUAAGUACAAACAGGCUAAAGGCUAUGCGAUACGAAUUUCAGAAAUGGACUGAAAAUGGAGAGCUAUGUAACAGAUACACUACAGUGGAAGAACUUAUUCUGAAAUGAAGGGAAAAAAACCACCCCAUCAUUCCCUGCCCCUUCCCACCACUUACCCGUUCCCUCUUUACCUAAUCUGGAGUAGAUUAGCCAUCUUUCAAAUUCACUUUUAUUUCAAUCCUUGUAUUUCAUAUACUUCCGUCUUGAUGCUGUUAACAACUUCUGAUAACAUGGAAACUUCAAGGAUUGUUUAAAGGUCUGAUGAUCACACACAAAAUGUAAUUCUGGUUAUUUAAGUCAUUUGUGAUUCUAUCAUGUACAGUUUCUAGAAUCGUCACUGUGCAUUAAAAAGUAAUGAAUCUAACAGACAUUUGAUUUAAUGUACACUCCCUUUUGCUUAUGGUGUGCAUUUUUUGGGGAGGUCAUUCAAAUUUUCCCUCUUAUGCGGUAGCUGUAGUUUCUUUCAUAGAAAGUAGCUAAUCCAGUGUAAUCUUUUACCUUUUUAAAAACCAGGAUAGAGUAUCUAUUAGAGUUUUACACUGUUGAUGGUAGAUUAACAAUAAAGUGAUGUUCUGGUGGAGGUAGACUGAAAUUUUUUUUAAUUCAUUUUUUUUCAUUUGAUACUUUUAAUUUAUCAAGUGUAAAUUAAAAGUUCUUUAGUUUACUUAGCAUUUUAGUACAUGUACGUGAAACAUCAGCAAAAAUGAGAUCCACCAACAUCUUUUAAGUUCAGUUAUUAGUCUGUGAAGUGCUUUACGUUUUGCACAAUUUUAAUAGCUUGUUAAUCAGUAAUACAUUAUACUGAAUUCAUGAUCAAGGUUUCCUUAAAUUUAGCAUUGCAUUUCAUUACUGUGUAAGCUAAAUUGUUGAUCCAAUAUAAAAAUCCAGACUAGAAUAGGGUUCUUAAAAUCACGUAUCAACACAAAAUAGAAUUAAAAUCUUAAUUGAGUACAUUUUCCCUGCAUUUUAGAGAUAAGGACAGUGGUCACUUUCUAGUUGCCAGUCUUCACAGACAAAAGGUAUUAAGGAAAAAGUUCCACAUAGCUCUGGGCCUUUUCUGUAUCUGAUUGCCACUUUAAUCUGUAAUCUUUACCCAUGAAAGAAUGUGUUUCAGUAUCCGUGCUUUCUUAACACUUUAACAAGUAUUGUAGGCAGGGUGGAUUUUUUGAAAUACUCAUGUGUCCGAUAGCAAGUUAAGGAACCUAGCGCAUCAAAUUUUGUUUUCUUCAUUCAUUUGGAACCCUUAUUUUCACAAUCAAAACAACCUAGCUGGAAUAAUAAUGCCAUAUUGUAUUUUGCAUGCUGCUUUAUUUCCUAGAGGCUCUGGGAGCAAAUUACAUUUAUUACAUUACCUCUGCUUUCAGCAACAUUCUUUAUUGUCAUCAUAAGGAAAAACUUUUAUCGCAGUGAUAAAACCAGUUCACACUAGUUUAUCACUGUAGAUAGUAUUCAGAAAUUGCUUCUUCUUUGGUAAGGAAGAUAAAUGAAAUAGGUGAAUUUUAUUGCCUGUGUUUUCAGGCUUCAGAGGUACCUGGCACCUUACCCAAGUGAAAACAAAAAACAGCUUUACUUCAAAAGCAUGUGCCUCUGGUAAAUUAUCCAUCACUUUUGUUUUACAGUGGUCCCUCCAAGAAUAAUGUGGCAUACACAAUGGGUUUGAUUGUAAGGCAGAUUUAAUAGAUGACUUCAAAAGCCUGCUCUUUACUGCACUCUGGACAAGACCCUGGUCUGUAUAGUUUGGCUUCCUCUGUUAAGCCAUUCUACGAGGUGACUUGCCAUUUGAACUUUUAUAAGAGACCUCAGCAGUUAGACUGAGAAAAGUUAGAGUGCUGUAGUUAUGAAGUCAUACAUUUUUGAUAACACAAAAUACCUGGGAAAACCAGGGAUCCUCUCCUCUCUCUCUCUCUCUCUCGCUCUCUCUCCCUCUCUCUCUCAUUCACACACACUUCCCCCUUUCCCUCCAUUCCUCUGUCCCCUCUCCACCCCCCCUUCUCUAAGAUUCAGGGGGUACAGAAUAACCUACAAACAACCUCUUCAAAGUACCCUUGGAAACUGAAGUUCAAUCUUAAGGUUUUUGUUGUCUUUAAUUUACUAGAAUUGCCUAAUUUUUAGUUGAUUUCUCUACAGAGCUGUGGAGGCUUAGCUUGUGUAGUUAUUUCUCUUUUACUGUUGCUUUGGUGUGUCUUGAAGUUUCUGAUUAUUUUUGGUCAUUGAGUUCUUAGUGUAGUUUGCUAGAUUAUUAAGAUUAUUUUGUGUCUGACACUUGUGGUGAGUUGUUUUUGAGAUCUGUUGAGAUUUCCAUGUGAGAAUGAUAAUCAGGCUCUUGAUCUGCUUCCCUAAAUUGCUUCUUUUAGAGCCCAAACCCCAGGUUCAGGGUGAGGGUUUGUAAUACAAAGAAAAACUUCCAUCACUUCUGCCCUUAACCCUUGCCUCUAUUACCUAAGCUUAGUAAGUAGUUUUCUUAAUAUUGUCCCAUGUUUGGUGUUAUCUGCAUUGUUUUUUGUUUUGUUUUUUAAUUGUGGUUGUUCUGACGUGUGAAAUUUAAGGAAAGAGCCAUUUUUUAAAAUGCCGAGCAGGGCAAUGCAAGUACAGCCAAAUAUUAGACUUGAUGUGCAAUCUUAGGUCCUUUUUAAUCUGGGGUAUUAUAGGCAGUACUUUAAAUUGAGAAGUCUUCCUGGCCUAUUUUCCUCCACAUUUUUGUAAUUAACUCUGGGGGCUUACUUGUUUUGGCAGUACUAAAAUCAAAGGAGCUGGUUCUUCUUUUCUCUCAAUUAUUUUCAUAUGAAAGCACCUACGAUUAGCCUGUUAGUCCUAUUCAGAUACAUCAAAUACCAGUGAAUGCUUUACUAUUAGCACAUUUAAGCAUCUUUGUUUUACAUAGAGUAUGCAUUUUAUAUCUUGUUGAGCUUGUAAAAUGCCAGCAAUUUAAAACUAGGACUUUCCCCCCUCCUUAAGCCAAGGAGGUAGAAUUACUAAUACAAGUGUUAAAGAAGGUAGAUUUUGUUUUCAAUAUUUGGGUAGUAUUAGAAAGAUUUCUCCCACAUGGAAGAGCUAGUAAGUAUCCCAAAUUUUUCAAAACGUUGGGGAGGGGGAAAUUCACUGUAUUAAGAAACCCUAAGGGUUUGUUGCACUUCCUGCUUUUUAGGUCUGGAUAACAAUAUCACCAUCCUUAUUUACAGAAGGGCAAAACUGACUCUUAAUGAGAAAAGCUUUAUAAGUUCAAGGGCUGCAAAACAUGAACCACUUAGGGUCCUUCGCUUUCCAUGGGAAUUUGGCUGGACUUGGUAGAAAAAGUUGUUUGUUGCGCUAAUGUAAAAGUGUCAUACAAUUAAGUAGAUUUUUGAAGAUGGUAAACUUAAAAGAAUUCUAUGUUGUUCUGAAAUGCAGACUUUUGGAAUGUUUUUAUUUGAAAACAGGCUAAUAGUUUUUUUCUUUUCUUGACAGUCAAGGUUUCAGCUCCUCUUGAAAGUUGUGUCAUUUUCUUGUUUAAAUUUCCCUUAUAUUUCCACCUGUAAUGUCAGUGGCAACAACAUCAUACUUCACUUAGUUGUUAAUUUACUUUUACCCUUAUUCUAAGAGCAAGUUGAGUUGAACUGAAUCUUCCUUGUCCUAGUAACACUGUAUAAAUAGUGGCUUCUCUGUACAAAAGGUUGUAAUGCCUCCUGAUGGAUAUAAUUUUGUGAUUGUAUUUAAAAGUUGAAUAAAUCACACCAGCUUCCUGAAAAUGUUCAUAAUGCAUCUUUUGGAAAACAAAAAUACAUGCCUACUUUGUGCAUAUUUGCAUUAACAUGGCAAAGAUUGUAUGAAAUACUUGUUUUUCAGAAAAUAAAGGUUCAGUCGCAAAAGA